CCGCAGCUCUUCCCGUACCACCUGGGCGAGUUUGUGUGCCGCCAGAUGCGGCUCACCCCGUUCAAGUACUAUGCCUCCAUCCUGGUGGAUGCCAUGAGGGAGGACCACCCCUACGACUCCAUACCCAACUUCACGGCCGCCGACAUUGUGCGCAUCAUGGGCAUCGGCCGCAACGAAUACAUCGCCAUCAUGGUGCAGGCCAAGAGCAAGAAGCUGAUGUGGCGCAUGAACAAGGGGCUGGUCAAGGACCUGCUGCCCCAGUCGCCCCUCAACAUCCAGAUAGACCCCUGGUGGCUGGUGCAUGUGGUGAACCUGGGGGAGACCGAGUACCGGCAGCUGGACCCCACAGAGGCCACGGUGUGCCACAUCGCGGCGCGGCCGGGGGGCGCGCGGUACGCCGACCUCAACGGCAUGGCGGUACGCCAGCUGUACCAGCGUGGCCUGGUGUGGCUGGAGGUGCCGGUGCGGCCAGAGGACCACCUGUCCAUACCCCCCCUGGAG